UUGCCGGUCACCAGUUCACUGCCGGUGUCCGGUCAACGACUCACACACGCUUUCUUGUUAUAUCUGCUGCUAUUUGAGCUUGGAAAUGCCGGAAACCUGCUGUGCUGUUGGAUGUAGCAAUAGACGAGGCGAUAAACCAAAUCUUAGCUUCUAUAGAUUCCCGGCAAACAUAAAAAAACGCGAUAAAUGGAUCGCGGCGAUUCGUCGUGAACGAUGGAAACCUACGAUGUACACAAGGAUAUGCAAUGAACACUUCAUAUCAGGUGCAAAAAGCGAAGAUCCACUAUCCCCAGACUAUGUGCCAAGUAUAUUUGAGCAUACCCAGUCACCUCACAAACGAAAACUCAAAUGUUCAAUGAAGAUCUUUGAGAGAAGACAAAAUCUCAAGCAGCGUAAGAGAGACCGCGAGAGGGCAUUGGCAGCAGCAGCAGCACUUGUCAAUAUUUCCCAGUCUGUCCCCUGUGAAAAUGAUCAACUACCCGCUGGUGAAGAUGUGGUGCACGCUGAGAUUCGGAAAGAAGGCAUGGUGACUACUGCCACACAGACGGAUAUCACUGGGGAAGCAAUUGAUUCCCUCACUGCAGAGUGUAAUAAUCUGCAUGCAGAACUUGAUGAACUGAAGGACAGUUUGAAACGCUGUACAUGGAAUGAAGAAUCUUUCAAGGGUAAUGAUGACAAAGUAACGUUUUUGACUGGUCUGCCAUCAUACAUGAUUAUGAUGACAACUUUUAAUUUAAUUGCACCUCAUCUCAGUCAAAAUAUGAAGUUGAGUCCUUUUAGUCAAUUUCUUGUGACAUUACUCAGACUGAGGCUGAAUCUGUGCCUUCAGUACUUGGCUUACACAUAUGAUGUUUCCACUGCUAGUAUUUCCAGGAGUUUCAGAAAUGUCAUCCAUGUCAUGCAUAGUAUACUGGUUCCAACUCUAGUGGUUUGGCCUGAGCGUGAGCAACUUAGACUGAGUUUACCAAUGUCCUUUCGUUCUAAAUUCAGCAAGUGUGCAUGCGUCAUUUAUUGUUUCGAGAUAUUCAUCGAGCGGCCGAGUGAUCUGAAAGCCAGGGCCCAAACUUAUUCAAACUACAAGUCUCACAAUACAAUGAAAUAUCUGAUUGGCAUUACUCCACGAGGUACCAUAUCGUUUAUCUCCAAGGGCUGGGGUGGUCGUGCCAGUGACAAGUUUGUUGUCGAACAAAGCGAUUUUCUGACCCAUCUACUGCCAGGCGAUCUGAUCUUGGCUGACAGGGGAUUCGAUGUCGGUGAUUCCAUUGGUUUGCACCAGGCCAACCUCAAGAUACCCGCUUUUACUAAAGGUAAAAAACAGCUUAAUCCACUAGAUGUUGAGGGCACGAUAGGAUUAGCUGCUGUCAAAAUCCAUGUAGAGAGAGUUAUUGGACUCGCAAGACAAAAGUAUACCAUGAUGGAAAAUAUCAUACCCAUCUCUUUAUUGUCAUCUGAUGACAGUGGUUUCACAACAUUAGAUAAAAUUGUACAAGUGUCAUGCGCACUUACAAAUUUAUCCGACCCAAUUGUACCAUUUGAGUAAUGAUGUUGCAUCCAUAUUUUCUCUGUAAUAAAUACCAGGAAAGAAUCUUACAGAAACAACUUUUUCUGUUUUACUUCCAACUUCUUACAGUUAGGGCAAAACCAUCGUUGUGGGACUCGUUUUAUGCCAAGACAUUUCAUGUGGAAUGCUUUGAUGCUGCAGUUCUCGGAUUUACAAACCAACAUAUCCUCAGUGGGAGGGUUACGGCAGUAGCAAACAAACUCUUCCGAAGCGGAUGCAGUGGUAGCAACAGAUUGUUCUACCGUGUACAGGAAGGAAUCAGUUGUUGUUGUCAGCAUAGUCAGGGACAAUGCUCAAAAUUGCUGGUCUUCCACCGCAUUCAGACAAAGCCUUGUAAAAGGCAGCUUUCUGCUCUUCAGUUGGUGGAGGAACAUUCAGCAGUUUUCUCGCAGCACUUUCCUCAGGAGUUGAAACUUUUGACUUUCGUUUCUGGGCUGGACGGGCAAAAUCAAUAUUGCAUCCUUCAGCAUAUUCUAUGUGCGAUGCUGAUGGUUUCAGCCACUGACAAGGUAGUGAUAUGCAUGAAGUGGCUGUCUUCAUACGUAUUAAUGUCUCCAGGGCGAACAGGGAUGCUGCUGAAUGUGAACAUGUUUCACCCAAUCCAGCCAUGCAGGUACAGUGGCAGCACAGGAUCUGACCAUCUUUCGCUAUUGCUACCCAAGGUCUGAGGGGAGGAUCAUUCAUCCGUUGAGAGUGUUUUACCUGAAACAGAUAAUAUGACAUACCUUAUAUUAUUAUCAGUCCCUAAUUUGGAUAUAAUAUACAAGGCUAGACCUCUUACUGUCCAUUUAUGCAUAUUUUACCUGGCAUUUGGUACAUUUUCUCAUGAAUCC